GGAAAAUUCGGCGAUGGGUUACAGUCAGCGGUGAACGUGCUCUCAAAAGCACCGGCUGGUUGCGAGGUCAGCUUGCUCUCGGUCGGUCACCGCUUCGAGUUCGAGUCUCGCGCCAAGUCGAACUGCGUGGACAUCCGCACGUUGCAUUACACGAUCAAAAGUCUCUUCUCGACGUACUCUGCGAACUGUUCUUCCUCUGGUGGAAACAACUGGAUGCAGUCUGCGCAGAACGAUCCAAAUAUCUUUGGCCCUACAAUGGCCCACCACAACCCGCUUGCCUGGCAGAAGUAUUGCGAGAAGGUUUUGGACGUGGACUUUCAGCGAGACACUGUCGCAACUAUCAGCAACAUCUGGCUGGAUCCCA